GUUCCGUUAAAAAAGGAGAAAGUCCACGGGAAGUGACGUCUUCCACCACUUGCACAUGCGCAGACUGAUCGUGUGUUUUGGCACCAAUCGUCUCGGAGAAGACAACAGAGCAGUGCGGUCUACGUCUGUGAAGAACAUCUUUUCCCUGAGCAGCAGGUGUAAACCUCCAGGAUGAAGCAGGAGAAACCACAGCCCCCCCAUAUUAAAAAAGAAGAAGAGGAGCCACAUCUUACCCACAUUAAAGAAGAAGUUGAGGAGCUACAUCGCCCACACAUAAAGGAGGAAGAAGAGGAAUACAGUAUCAGUCAGAAUGGAGAGCAUCUUGAAGGAAUGGAGGUUGAUAUCUCCAAGAUUCCAUUGAAUGUUGUCAUUGUGAAGAUUGAAGAUCAUGAGGUCAAAAGUGAAAGUGAGGAGAAAAGUGUGGUGGAGUUUCCAAGCAGCAGCUCAACUCAACACUUGACAACAGAAGCUGAUGGAGACCACUGUGGAAGAUCACAAGCAGACAAGCUCUUAGCUCCACUAUCAGAUAGUGAUGACAUGACGUCACGCUCUUCUGACACUGAUGAUGAAGACUCUGAAGCUGAUACAACAUGUCACACUGACAACACACACUUUGAAUGUUCUCAAUGUGGCAAAACUUUUAAUUACUCUUGUAAUCUGAAAACACACAUGAGAACACACACUGGUGAAAAACCUUUUUCCUGUGUAAGAUGUGGUAAAAGUUUUACGCAAAAUCAUAAUUUGAAAACACACAUGAGAAUACACACUGGUGAAAAACCUUUUUCUUGUUCAUUAUGUGGUAAAGGUUUUACACAUAAUCAUCAUUUGACAGGACACAUGAGAACACACACUGGUGAAAAACAUUUUUCCUGUUCAAUCUGUGCUAAAGGUUUUACACACCAUAUUAGUUUGAAAACACACAUGACAACACACACUGGUGAAGACCCUUUUUCUUGUUCAUUAUGUGGCAAAGGUUUUACACAAAGUCAUAGUUUGAAGGCACACAUGAGAGUACAUACUGGUGAAAAACCUUUUUCUUGUUCAUUUUGUGGUAAAGGUUUUACACAAGUGAACCAUUUGAAAACACACAUGAGAAAACACACUGGUGAAAAACCUUUUACUUGUUCAUUAUGUGGUAAAAGUUUUACACAAAAUCAUAAUUUGAAGGCACACAUGAGAACACAUGCUGGUAAAAAACCUUUUACUUGUUCAAUUUGUGGUAAAUGUUUUACACAUAAUCAUCAUUUGACAAGACACAUGAGAACACAUGAUGGUAAAAAACCUUUUACUUGUUCAAUUUGUGGUAAAUGUUUUACACAUAAUCAUCAUUUGACAGGACACAUGAGAACACACACUGGUGAAAAACCUUUUUCCUGCUCAAUCUGUGCUAAAGGUUUUGUACAAAAAUAUACUUUGAAAAGACACAUGAGAACACACAAAGGUGAGGAAGUGUGAGUUGCAGUGUGUGUGAUGAAAGAUUCUCAUAAAAAUUCCAGUGUAAGAAAUGUAACACAAUCUUGUUAGUGGGUUUCUACCAUUGGUAGAUUAGAUGUUUCAGAACAAAUCAAAUAUAUUUUACGGACUUAUUUGUAUCGUUUUUUAAUUCAAGUGUUGCAUAUUUUCAUUUCUAAUUCAAAAAUAAUUUCAUUGAUGAUGUCCUUUAUAUGAUAUACAUAUUUGUUUCACAUUGUUUCAUACUUUUGCUUUUGAGUGCACAUAAAUCCCUCUUAGUUCAUAUCUAUUGGUUCAUAUCUGAAACAUCUUCUGGAUCACGUCUGGAAGCAUUUUAUUAUUUACUUUAUACAUAAUUUGAGCAGUCUUGUAUUCUACAAGAUUAGUUGUUUGACCCUUUUCCCAGUGCACCUUUACGGGGCGCAGCCCUUGUUGUGACCCAUGCAUGUUCCUGUUCUGUCUACUCUGUAUGAUGUAUGUCUGAUUUUGAGCAGGUUUGUACUGAAAAUGUAAUUUAGUUGCACUUUUUAAGUGCAAUGACAAAGUACUAUUCCAUGUGUGACUUUUAUGAAUCAUUUGUCGAGUCUUGAUCAUCAAUUUUAUGAAUUAUCCUUAUUACUCUCUUAUGUAUUAUGACUAUUGGGUUUGUGAUUGUUUUAGAUGUUUGUCCCCAGGCCUCUAUGCAACAAGCAAUGUAUGCUUUAAGUAAAGUUGGGCACAUUAUAUGUGGUAAA